AUGUAAAAUUCACAAAAAAGCAAUGAAUAAAUGAAAUUUGAUUCAUUCGUUCUCAAAAAUUAGAUUGAUAAUAAAUGGUAAUACAAAUAGAAAAAGAAAAAAAGGCUGCUGUCUAAAAUUGCAUUUGGAUCCUCAUAAGAGAGACAACAAAAUAUAAGAUCACCUUAACUGUUGGAUUAUUAAAUAAAUUAUUUAUCAGUGUUACCUCAUGCAAGAAAUGUACUGAUUUCAAAAAAUGAAAGAACUCAAAGAUCUAUUACAGAAAUUUCAAAGUCUUAUCACUAUCCAAUUAAUGUCAAAUUUCCUACUAUAAACUAAUAACAUAUAUAAGAAAAUAUAAAACCAUGUCUUUUUUAAGUAAAAGAAUAUACUCCUAAAUUGUAUGAUGAUCUGCCAUAUACUUCAGAUCAAUUAAAAGAAUUCUUUAAUUAACUUACGUAUUAUAUUUUUUUACUUAUUUAGAUCUAAACAUAAAGUUAAAAAACCUGAUUAAUAUUUUAUUUUUUGA